AGCGGAUGUCGGUAGAGUGUGAGUGUGUGUGUAUGUGCCUUUCUCUCUCUCGGUGUGUGUGUUUACCAGGCAGCUAGCUGAGCUAACUAAUCCGACUGUUGGUGAUCUCUCACCCAACAGGAAAAGUAGGGGAACAGGUUCAGGUUCACACACCCGGAAAAAAAGAAGAAGAAGAAGAAGAAGAGAGAGAAAAGAGCAGCGUCUUUUGAGCAGCAGCAGCAAACACUUUCUUCGACGAAGUGACUGGCUGCCAAAAUGCUGGCUGAGGGAAGCUCCUUCAUGAAGGGGAUGCUCCUGGGGGGCCUGUUCUGCUUGGUGCUGUCCCUCCUCGGCAGCUUCAGCCCCAGCUUUGAGUCCAACACCACCGAAGACCACCACCACCACCACCACGUCAAGGCGGCCAGCAAAGACGAGCUGAAACGCCUCACUGACACUCAGAUGGAUGAGCUGAGUCAACAAGUGCGAGUAUAUUGCGUCAUCAUGGUCCAGCCCAAGGUCCUGGUCUAUUGGGCGACUGCCAAAGACACCUGGAGCAAACACUGCGAUCAGGCUGUGUUCUACACCUCAGAGUCAUCGAAAGCCCUCGACGCGGUAAACCUCAGUGAAAAAGAUGACUGGACGAGGUUGCGCAAGGCUCUGAAGCAUGCCUAUGACAAUGCUGGGGAGCUGCGCUGGUUCUUUUUGGCACGGCCCACCACGUUUGCCAUUAUUGAGAACCUCAAGUACCUCAUACUCACUAAGGAUCCCAGUGAACCCUUCUACAUCGGCCAUGCCAUGAAGUCAGGGGAGCUCGACUACGUGGAGUAUGAAAGUGGCAUUGUUCUCAGCUACGAGGCGCUGAAAAGGCUUGUGCAUGUCUUCCAGGAUGAGGAUAAAUGUCCUGAAAGAGGGCGUGCCCUGUGGAAGCUGAGCGAAGAGAAGCAGCUGGCCAUAUGUCUGAAGUUUACCGGGGUGUUUGCAGAGAACGGAGAAGACUCACAAGGAAAGGGCCUGUUCAACAGCAAGAGCGUGGAGAGCCUGAUAUCAGACAGCCUGAGCAACAACCCCACAAAUGUUGUGGAGGGCUGCUGCUCUGACAUGGCCGUCACCUUCAGCGGGAUGUCACCCAACCAAAUGCAAGUCAUGAUGUUUGGUGUGUACAGACUUCGUCCCUAUGGCCACGAUUUCCACGACUCUUUAAUAUUUCACCCUCCUGAAGGCUCAGACAACGACUAGCGACACAUUCGUUUUUACUGGACAUGGUGUUUUAGAGACUCCUUCGGUGAUGGCAAACUUGACGUUUGGGGAGCUUGUUUAAUUAUGCUGUUUGUAAAAAUGGAUGGAUGGUAGGUGGGAAUAUCACUGUUGUGUAUUCUCUACCUUUUGCACUUGGCACAUUCAAUGCCCCAUCCCUUUGUGGUGUGGGUAAAACAAACAAGAGUGAAUGUGCACUCCUUUGAAUGAAUUGCUUUCUCACAGCGUUGUGAUUCCCUAUUCAUUAUCUCCACACAUAAAGAGAUCAGCCUGUACAGCUGAAUAUACGGUGACAUACCUCAGUGAGCAGGUGAGGUUUCAGUAUGUACAGUGAAAUCUUGAAGGGGCCAAAUGAAGUUAAUCAAAAUCCUCACAACCAUUUUAAAAGCAAAAAAGAUGGCUGCUUCUCCGAAUUUAAUAAAUUGACCUUUUACCCAACAACAGCAAUAUAUUCAAAGGAUUGUCGUCAUUGUAAUAAAACCUAUCACUGAUUUGAUUUCUCUAGUUUUUGUUUUACCAAAUCACCCCCUCUGUGAAGUAGUUACUUAUAAAAGCUCCUUUCAGUAACUGGAAUAAAUAAUGUUACAUAUCCUCUGUUAUUACCACUAAGUUUACUAAGAGGUUGUGCGAUUGAGAAUAAAAGGAGUUUUGUAAAUUUUAUGUGGGACACAAUAUUAGUAGCUCCCCAGCUAUGAUGGUGAAUAAUCAGCCAUGCAUAAUUGGAAGUGUUUUUUUUUUUUUUUUUCUUUAAGGGAAUCUUUGUAUAAUCAAGGGACUAUUUGGUUGAGCUGUAUGGCUUUGAAAGUACCAUGAAUGUACACAGUUUCAGAUUUACCAUGGUGUUUUUUACCAUGUUUGAUUCUGCCUUGAUUACUGGUUGCAAUGCAGACCACUACGUUGUUGUGUCUUAACACACACGGAUACUGUUGUAUUACAAGAUGUAGGACUCAAGUGAGCUGAAUCGCUGCUGUCAGGUAGGGCAUUCGUUCUUCUUCUCAUUGUAACAAAGCCCGGUGGUCAGUAAGGCUGCUCGACACAUAAACCCAGUCUGGGAGACAUCAGAGUUUUAGCCACAUACUGAAUAUUGACACAGACAGGAAAAGGCAGCAUGACAGGUCUAAAAGUAUUGUUGUCUGAAUAGUUUCAAUCUUCAUCCUGCCACUCCUUCAGCUGCUGUGAACACCUACUGACUGUGUGGCCACUUGUCUAGCAUAUACAUCUGAGCAUACAUGAAAACCUGAUAUUAAAAUGUUGUCCUGAAAUA